ACCCCUCAGCAGGGUCUGAAAGGAGGUCUUUAUCUGAGCUGGAGCAGUUCUCAAACUGCCCGGUUCAGUCAAGAGAUUCAACAGAUCCUCCUCAGAUYGGUUCAGGUCAUGACAUAACCAUCCUGUGUGGUGAGGAGGAGCAGGUGUUACAGAUCUGGGGCUUUAGUCAUGGAUCCUCAGACUGCAGUCCAGACCAGUCCAGCCUCCAGGUUUCAGUGGCUUUCUUUUGCCUAUCAGGGCCUCACAGAGAUCCCUUAUGAUGCCAUCCUGACACAGACRGACACGCUGGAGGUCUUGGACCUGAGCUACAACCUGCUCAAUGAAAACCCGGCUCUGUUGGGGCGUCUGGAGAAACUCAGUACUCUGAUUCUGGACUGCAACAGCUACACGUCUCAUGUCAAGUUUCCCUACAUGCCGAGCAUCAGCACCCUGUGCAUCAACAAGAACCAGAUCCACAACCUGCCUGUGUUUGUGGAGGAGAUCAAGAGGAAGUUUCCCAACAUUAAGAUUCUGAGUAUGAUGAACAACGAGGCUGCCCCUAGCUAUUUCAAUGGAGGAAGUCUGACUCAGUACCAGGACUACAGGCUGUAUGUGAUCAGUCAGAUCCCAGGUCUAGAGAUUCUGGAUGACACAGAAGUUGUGGAGAAGGAGCGAGUCCAGGCCAGAAAGACGUACCGACUGCAGCAGAGCCGUCUGAGCAGCAGCAGCAGGAAGAGGAGGGAGGACUCAUCCAGGAAACAGACGUCAUCAUAGACCAUCAUCAUUACCUUCAUCAUCAUAAUAAUCAUUAUUCCUUAUCAUCAUCACCUUCAUAAGACCCUUCUCAUCAUCAUCAUCACCUUCACAAGACCAUUAUCAUCAUCAUCAUCACCACCUUCAUCACAUCAUCAUUAUCCACUAUCAUCAUGAUCAUCACUUUCAUAAGACCAUCAUCAUCAUCACCAUUCAUUAUCAACAACACCUUCAUAAACCAUAUUCAUUAUCAUCAUUACCAUUAUCAUCAUCAUCAUCAUAAGACCAUCAUCAUGUAAACAGACAAGAAGUGAAACAAACAGAAAUAAAGUUGCCUUUCUGUUUAUAGUCAACAUUUUGUUUCUGACAAAUGUGUAAAAACCAUCAUAUUUCUGCCAGAAUAAUGGUUUAGUGCAAGUCUUGCUUAUUUUAUCUUUACUAUUUGUUUUGCUAAAUAAAUCUACAUUUUUUCCA